AUGAGAGUUGCUUUGUUCUACCCUCGGCGCUUCGCAGUCGCUCUGUUUCUGGUAGCACUCGUCUAUUGCGUAAUCCAGGCCUUACGAUCGGAACUGGGAUUCAACGACGUAGAUCCUUCAAAUACAGAUAAACUCGCUUACAUAUCACAAUUGAUCAAAACUUCGGCGGAAAAUUCGCCGUAUAUCGGAUGGUUAUUGCGCAGUGAUGGGGUUGCGGCGUGCAGGCACCCUGACUUGGAGCUAUUGAAUCCAGAAAUAAUGAAAUUCAUAAAAGAUGUUCCUCCCCUAGAAUGCACUCCAGAGGACUGGGUUAUAGCAAAUCGUUCGACCCUGGUCGUUACAGAGAAAGCCAGGCAGCGAUUUGGCCCCAUAACUUGUGCUUUCAAGGAAAUCAUCCGCGUUGACGACUACACAAAUAGAAUUACCAAACCCGUGGAAUCGGAUGUUUCCUACACUUUGAAAGACAGUGAUUACGCCGAAGUUAACUGCCAAUCUCAAACUGGAAAACAAUGGCACAGCGUUUUGGCAGGCGUGCAAAGCGACCCAUUGGCGAAAACGAAAUGGGACUGGGCCAAAGUGCCGAACGAGGGCCUGAAGUUGAACGUGCUGAUGUUCGGGUUCGACUCGCUGUCGCGAAACACGUUUAUAAGGAAGCUGCCGAAGUCUUACAGAUAUCUGAAGCAGAAUUUGAACGCGUUGGUUCUCGAGGGUUACAACAUCGUGGGCGACGGAACGCCGCAAGCCUUGAUACCAAUUCUUACGGGAAAGAUAGAGCUGGAAUUGCCGGAAACGAGGAAGCGGAUGGGCAGCAAAGCGAACUACGUCGACGUUUAUCCGUUCGUUUGGAACGAGUAUAAAAAGAGCGGAUACAUGACCGGGUUCCUCGAGGACGUUCCUAAUAUCGGAACAUUCACAUAUCGCCUCAAGGGUUUCAAAGACCAACCGACUGAUCACUACAUGAGAACAUAUUACCUCAACGCUAAUCCUCACUUUAAAUAUCAGGAGAAGUUCUGCAUGGGCGGGCUGCCCCGGCAUUCGUUAAUGAUGAAUCACAUCAAAGAGGUCUUUGAUACUUAUCCAAAUCAGCCGAAAUUCGUUUUCGGUUUUCACGGCGAACUUUCGCACGAUUCCUACAAUGACAUUGGAGCCGCUGACGAUGACGUGUACCAGUGGAUAAAAUCACUCAACGAUUCUGGGCACCUGAAUAACACGGUGCUAAUCAUGAUGAGCGAUCACGGGCAUAGAUUUGCCGAGAUUCGCAACACUCUUCAAGGUAAACAGGAGGAGAGGCUGCCGUUUUUUUCAUUCACGUUUCCAAGUUGGUUUAAGCAGGCACAUCCGCAUGCAUAUGCCAAUUUUGUUUAUAAUACUCAACAUUUAACGACACCGUUUGACGUCCACAAAACGUUGCAGAGUAUACUGAAAUUUGAAACCCCGAAAGAAGGAGAUCGCACUCAACGAGCCAUAAGCUUAUUCAACAAGAUUCCACUGGAAAGGACCUGUGCAGAUGCCUUCAUUGAGCCUCACUGGUGUGCUUGUCUGGGAUGGGAAGAAGUUGACAAAAAUAACGCGAGCGUAGUUGAGGCUGCAAAAUACUUCGUCAAGUUCCUGAAUGAUUAUCUGUCGCCUUAUCAAAAUACCUGCGAAAUUUUGAAACUGAAUAAAAUUCUGUGGGCGGCGAAACUGAUUCCAACAAAAGGGCUGCUAAAAUUCGAAAAAUCUGGUGAUGCGGACGGUUUUCUCGGAGAUUUUAGUGCUAAGACGAAAAUAACCAAAGAACUGUAUCAGCUCAAAGUCAGUACGGAACCAGGGAAUGGGUUGUUCGAAGUGAGCAUAAACCACAGUCUGGAUAACAAUUCGUUCAUGACGCGGAUUACCGACAUCAGCAGAAUAAACAAAUAUGGAUCCCAAGCUAGAUGUAUAGAAAACAGUCAAUAUCAUCUCCGGAAAUAUUGUUACUGCAAGGAUUCAUAACUACGUACCAAUGAACAGUUUUCCAGUAACAGUAAACCUCAGUAGGCGAAACACUUAACUUUCGAUAUAUAUCAUAUGAAUUCGAGCUGAAAGAAUGAUCAAUAAAUUACGACAGUGAUAUUAAUUUCUUAGUCUCGUAAGUAUUAGGCUGAUGAUAACUCAUAAAAUAAUAGCAGCUCGAACAAAUAUACCUUAACUUACUAUAAGGCAUAUGUAAAAACGUAUUUUUCUGACGACUGAUGUGUAAUAAUUAAAUUAGAGACAAGUGUUGGGCAUAAAUCAAUGGAUAACAUCGAUAUUUCAAAAAUUAAUGUUAGGAUUAUACGUAUGAGAAUAAGUUGUAUAUUAUACAAGAGCUGGAAGAAAACUUUUUUUGAUUCUAUACACGUACAGAUAUACCGUUUAAAAAAUAAUCUUCCUCUCGGUUGAGAAUAGCUUGUUGUUACAUAAUUUUAUUAUGUAAAAAUUAAUGUAUAAUAAUGUAUCGUAUUUCGGCCGUACUUUAACCCUACGCUUUUUUGCAUACACCGUUGGCCAACGUGUACGAACUUGUCCACAGCUGUUUUUCACCCACUUAAAAGCAAACAAAUACCUCCCUAACCAUUUAGGUACUUACUUCGAGGUUUGUUUUUAAUAUUUCGACAGACGGAUUAAGAAAGUAUUUAGCAAUUUAAUAAUUAAAAAUUAAUUAGGAAUGAAAAAUCGUGUCAAGUGACCAUUUUAAGUCAAGUCAGAUUGGACGAAUUCGUAUGCGUUGGCCAACGGAGGGUUGAUAUAUUAUAAUUGAAAAUAUUAAACAAGUCAUAACGACUACAUCAUGAAAAAUACUUAAUGUAAUUGUGAGGUAAUGCGUUGCAUAUUGUCAUCUUAAAUAUUUAAUGUUAGUCACAUAACAAGGACAAAACAGCAUACGCGUGAGAUCGUGAAUCUCGUAUAAUAGUAUAAAAAAUGCCAAAGUUAUUUUUGAUGCUAUAGUUGUAUUCGAUUUAUAAUUUUCAUUAAAUUUUUUCUAUAGAAACCUAUGAAAUCCGUACGACGUAUUUUUUAUGUCUACCGUUCAUUGGGAACUUUAAUGUAUAAUGUAUUUUGUAAGGGUUUUAAAUCAACUGCUUGUCGAAACUAACAAUUCAAGAGAACACGCGAACAAUCUGCCGUUUAAGUUAAUUACAUUCUACAUACUCCUUCAAAUUCACGAAAAUACUUAUAACUGUUCCUGCGAAAUUAUUUUCAUCAAUUUUGUGAUUAUUAUAUAAGUGUUUUUCCAAUUAAAAAUAUUUACAACAAAUGAUAUUGAUCCCUGUUAUACUCACAAUCACUUCAUUAGUAUUGUGAGUGAAUGCACGUUGAAUAAAAUUUUAAAAAAUCGAA